AUGUAUUUAAAACAUGUUUAUAUUUGUAUUUCAUCAUGUUUCAUUUUAUUUGAUAUAUGUUUUUCAUUGCAUCCUUUAAAGAUGAAAUACAAGAAUGAUAUGAACCAUAUGAAAGGUGUUACAUUUUUUUUGAGUCCUCAAAUAUAUAGGAAAAAUAUUAAUAGAUCCAGAAUAAAAAAUGUUUCUUUAAAAAAAGAAAAAAAGCCUCUCUUUCUUUUUGAGAAUUUAAAGAAGGGGUUUUCUUUCUUAGGAUUUUGGAGAAACAAAUAUGAUCAAAAAUAUAUUGAUGAUGUUACAUCGAACAUAAAUAAUUUAAUAAGAAUUAAGCAGGUCACACAGAAAAAAAAAAGCAACGAAUUAACAAUAGAGAAUAUAAAACAAAUUUUAUUACGUUGCGUAUUUUCAAAAAUAGAUUUUAAAAUUAUAAACAGUUUAUCUUAUAUUAUUAAACAUUUUCAAAUGAGCAACACGACGGUGCACUCUAUAUUAAACCAGAUAAGUGAGAAAGUGAAAGAAAAGAAAGAUGCAGAAAAUUAUUUGGCGUUACAUUUAUUUCUUUUGAAGGACGAAAAUAUAACGGUAAGGUUUUUAAAAAUGUGGACACAUGAACUGUUUUCUAUGAUGCAUAUUAUGGAUUUCUUUAAGAGCAAGCAAAAAGUUGUGGAGUGUAUAAGAGAUAUCAAGAGGAGUAUUUAUGAAGAAUGUGUUGGAGAUCUGAUAAGAAAAAAAAUCGAAAGAUACAAUUUAUAUUGUGAAAAGAAAAAGAUAAAAUUUAAUAUGAAAGAUGCAAUAAAAAAAAUGGAACUAAAUAUUAAAGAUGAUGAUUUAUAUUUUCAUUAUGAUUAUAAUGAAUUAUUAAGAUGUUUUACUAUGAGGUUAAAUAUGGAAAGAAAUAAUAAUAAGAAUAAAAUAAGAAGUAAUUAUGAUAAUAUAAAUAUUGAUAAAGAUAUGGAUAUAAAUAAUAAUAUAGAUGGAAAUAUAAAUAAUAUAUCCUUAGAUGAAAAAAUUAAAGAACAAUUUGAAGAUCCAGACGAUGAAAAUUUAAAAGAAUUAAAAGUUACAUAUGAAGAAUUUCAACUAUUUAAUGAUAAUAUAAUAAAAUAUAUUGAAGAAGAUCAACAGUUAUAUAAUAUUAAUAGUAAUAAUAUUAAUAGUAAUAUUAAUAGAAUAAAGAAUAAGAAUAAAAUAAAAGAAAAUAAUAAUAAUGGUAAUAGUGAUAGUGAUGAUUAUUAUGACGAUUAUAAUUAUGAAAAAGAAGAAGAUCUAGUUAUUCAAAAAAAUAUAGAUGAUUAUAUUUAUAAAAAUACAACAGGAAUGAAUAAAAGCCUUGAAGAAUUUAAAAAUCAGUUUAUUGAACAAGCUGAUAUAGAAUUUAAAAAUUUUCUAAGUAAUGUUAAUCUAGAUCAACAUGGAAAUGUGAAAAGGAAUGAUGAAAAUACAAAAAAUUCAGAUCAUAUAAAAAAUAGGAAUACUAUAAAUAAAGAUCAUGAUACAGAUUUAAUAUUACAACACCAAAAGGAAGAUAAUUUUUUAAAAAAAAAUAUUCAAAAUAAUAUGACAAAUGAUAUAAAUGAUAAUGAAAUAAAUAUGAUCCAAUUAAAAAAAUUGAAUAGAAGUGAUGAAGAUAUUAAUUUAACAAGUGAUUUAAUAUAUGAAAGAAUAAGAACCAAACUUUUAUGGUAUAUACAAAAAAUUGAAUAUCUUAAAUUUAAAUAUCAGUAUGAUAUUAUCAAUGAGCAAUUCCCAAUUAUUAAAAAUGAAAAAACUGUAUUAGAUCUUUUAAAUUAUGGAUAUAAAAUAGUUAUGGCACCAGAUGUAGAUAAUUCUUUAUUUGAAAAAACAAAAAUGGAUGCAUUGCCUAAUGAUAAGGACAAAAAUAAUCAAAUGGAAAACCAAAAGAACAAGAAAUAUUUUUACUUCAAGUGCAAAGAUUGUGAUUAUCACUUAUUCAACACAAGUGAUAAAGAAGAUUCAGAAAAUAUAAGCAUAUGCCCACAAUGCAAAACAAAAGUUUGA